CUCAUAUGUCAACAUGGCCACAGCAGUAAACAGUCUCGAGCUGCUGUGCACGAGGACUACAGAGGGGUUAUAAAGGCUCAGCUGCUGCUCGCGGACUUCAGACCCUGAAAACAUCAAGUCAAUGAGCAUAAAAGCAGUUGUGUGCUCAGCGGUGUGUCUCCGGCUGUACUGUCUGUCUCUCGAUCGAUGGAUUUCCAAACACUGUGCACUUUUAAAAGUUUCGAGCAGGUCUGGAGUCGGUACGGUUAUGGGGAGGACUUCCAAGGCGUGAUGGAGCGCGAGUUCACACGGAUUAAAGGGAUAACUUAUCUGGAUCAUGCAGCAACUACUCUGUACCCUGAGUGUCUGAUCAGGGACUACUUCCAGGACAUUUCAAGGAACGUAUACGGAAACCCUCACAGCCAUAACCCCAGCAGCAGAUUGACACAUGACACAGUGGACAGGGUGAGAUACAGGGUAUUGCAGCAUUUUAACGCCACCCCUGAGGAGUACUCUGUGAUUUUCACUUCUGGUUGUACAGCCGCUCUCAAAUUAGUGGCUGAGAGCUUUCCCUGGAGCCCGCAUACUGAGAGCGAAGUGGGGAGUCACUUCUGCUACCUCACUGACAGCCAUACCUCUGUAGUUGGCAUCAGAGGACUGACUUCUGGCCGGGGUGUAGUUACCCUGCCUGUCUCGCCGCAGGAAGUGGAAAACAGGGCAAAGGAUGAGGCUGAAGGUGACGGUGUUGUUUGCCAGACGCCGCACCUCUUCUGCUACCCAGCACAGAGCAACUUCUCUGGAAGGAAGUAUCCCCUUAGCCAUGUGAAAGGCAUCCAGGCAAGACGCCUUUACCCAGCAUGUGAGCACCAAGGCCGCUGGUUUGUGCUGCUCGAUGCUGCCGCUCAUGUCAGCUGCUCCCCUCUAAACCUACAGGAGUGCCCUGCUGAUUUCAUUCCCAUCUCUUUCUACAAGAUGUUUGGCUUCCCUACAGGUCUGGGGGCUCUUCUUGUCCGUAACGACGCAGCAGGCAUAUUAAAAAAGACUUAUUUUGGAGGAGGCACAGCAGCAGCUUACCUUUCUGGAGAAGAUUAUUAUGUGCAUGCGGCAAACAUUUCUGACAGAUUUGAAGAUGGCACUGUCUCUUUUUUGGACAUCAUUGCGGUAAAUCACGGUUUUGAAGCUCUUUACAGGAUCACAGGGGGCAUGCACAACAUCCAACAGCACACGUUUGGCUUGGCACGCUACACUUACAUGCUGCUGUCAAGUGUUUGCCAUGGCAACGGGCGACCAGUGGCUCAGAUAUACACUGAAGGCCAGUUUGAGAGUCCAAGCACACAGGGUGCAGUCCUAAACUUCAACCUCAAGGACUCUCAUGGACAGAUAAUUGGGUAUUCUCAGGUUGACAGAAUGGCAAGUCUGUUCAAUAUACAUGUGCGCACAGGUUGCUUCUGUAACACUGGGGCCUGUCAGUCCUUCCUCGGAAUCACCAAUCAGCAGAUGAGGAGAAACUUGCAGGCCGGCCACGUCUGCGGAGACAGCAUCGACCUGGUGGACGGCCAGCCGACCGGAUCUGUUCGCGUGUCGUUUGGCUACAUGUCAACAUUUGAAGACUGUCAAAAGUUCCUGAACUUUGUUGCAGAGUGCUUCGUAGAGAAACCGCUCACGUUGGACCAAGUGAGACUGGAGGAGUUAAAAACAGCCACAGCAGCGUCCCGGGGCUCAAACGAACAUUAUCCAAUCAAAAUCACUAAUGGAGAAAUAUUUAAAGCAGAUGAAAAGGAGAAGCCUACAGAAGCAUCACUGAGGGGAUUUGCACUCAGAGAACCAAACAGCCACGGGGAGGCUUAUACUCUGACCAACAUCUACAUAUAUCCCAUCAAAUCAUGUGCAGCAUAUGAGGUGCACGACUGGCCAGUGGGACCGCAGGGUUUGCUGUAUGACAGAGGCUGGAUGGUGGUGAAUGGAAACAGCGUGUGCCUGAGUCAGAAGAGAGUGCCCCCUUUAUGCCUCAUUCGCCCACAAGUCCACCUGCCCUCAAACAAAUUGCUCCUGCAGGCAUCAGGGAUGGAUACCAUUUCGGUUCCCCUGGAAAACAGCACUGAAAUGCACAGAAGCUAUCCAGUGUGUCAGAGUAAAGUUUGUGGUGACAGGGUGGAGACUGUCGACUGUGGGGAUGAGGCGGCAUCGUGGCUCUCAGACUUUCUUGGACAGCCCUGUCGCCUGAUAAGACAAAGUCCUGAUUUUACCCGAGGCAUGAAGAAGAGGCCUAGUGGAGCUGCCACCUCCUCAUCCCUCUCCCUGGUGAAUGAAGCUCAGUAUCUCAUGAUCAACCGUGCCAGUGUGGAGCUCAUUCAGAAACUAAUGAGCAGCAGACAGGACGAUUUUGAGGGCGAUCGGCUUCUUGACACACAGAAUGUCAUUAGCCGCUUCCGAGCCAAUUUAGUCAUCGCUGGAGUAGAACCAUUUGAGGAAGAUAAUUGGUCACACUUGAUUAUUGGCAACACUCGAUUCGUGGUCGCAGGUCAGUGUGGAAGAUGCCAGAUGGUUGGAGUGGACCAGGACACUGGGACCAAAACAAAAGAGCCGUUAAUGUCUCUGUCAGCCUGCCGCACCGGGAAGGUGACUUUUGGUGUGUACCUGACCCAUCAGCUACCAGAGGGCUCCACUACAGCGAAUGUCCUCUCUGCUGGGUCACCCAUAUAUCCAGAGCCACACAGUUCUUGAAGAAGUCAUCCGUGAGAUCCUCUUUAUUUAUUUUGGUGACACUUUUUUUUGUCCUAAGGGCUCAUUGUUCUGCUGUGCGUCCCAAAGAUCACCUGUCAAACACUGUGGGGAGUUUCUAUAGACGCUGCUCUUUUCUUUGUGUGUGUAGCGCUAGUGGCUUUUGUCCUCUUAGAUGUCCUUCUCAUACCAAAGCAUGAGAUUAUAUUCAAUUCAAGUCUGUUUUGAUGGAAAAUGAAUGAGAUUUUUGGAUUUUUUCCCCCCAAUGAUUUCAUUCCAAAAAUAUGUGCAAUAUAGUAGAUGUGAAAAAUUAUUAUUUGGAUGUAUUACUGCUAUUCGAGCCAAAACAUGUCAGGCUUGAUGCAAUAAUCGCUGCUCAUGUUAACCUCCCAGACAGUUCUUCCUUUGUUUAUUCCCAUGGAGGAUUAUAUUGCUAUUUAUUCCGAACACACCACCACUGUGCUGCCAGAAAUAUGAAACAUAUUGCUCUCUGUAAUGGAAAAACCUACCAGACACUGUGAUCAGUAUGUGCUCCUCAUGUGCUGCAGACUUGGACAUCCAAUUUCAUUCAAGAAAAAGUAAUAAAUUAAUGUUAAGAGGGUAGAAAAUGUGAAUUUAAUUAAUCCAAGUGGCAUGCUUGUACAUAAAGUACGUAUGUGCUAAACCGUUCUCGCAGUAAAAUUGCCCCUGUGUAUUGUGCACAUAUGGUGUAGUUGUAGGUUUAACGUGGCUGCUGUGUGCCCCAAGGUUUGGUACUGUUUGUAGAAUGUUUGCAAAUCUGUGCCCACAUUAAAUUAAUAUGUAUAAAUGUAUCCACAGAUUGGAUAAGGUAGAUAAUGGCACUGGGGAUUCCAAACAAACCCAGAUGGAGAUAGAUGACGAAUUAAAGCUGUGACCCGCCAAAGUUUAGAUAAUUAUUCAAGAUAAAAACUUUCAAGACAGCCUUGUCCUGCAUCAGAAAAAUAUGCAGUUAGAACUACAGAGAGAUAAUAGAACAAUAGGGCAAGCGUCAGGGAGAAUAAAAAACUGAAUUUGUCAAAAAAAGAAGCAUAUUAAGUCUGAAUGAUUGUUAAAAUAUAAGAGAGUUGUAUAAAAAGUUACUAAAAAUAUUAGGAAAACGCUCAUAUCUGAUGCAUACAGGAAAUAAUUGCUCAAAAUUCAUCCAAAUUGUUUGUUGUACACAGACUUCCUGCAGUUAUUGUGUUCACUAUUUGGGUUCAUUGCAUUGAAUAUAAUAUGAAAAAGCCAUAAAAUAUGGAUAGGGGGGUCAGGGGUCGUCAGUUUACUCAAUGAUAGAAAAUAGAUCCCUUUAGGAAAAAGGUUGGGAACCACUGAAUUAAAGGGAGUACCUACAUAAAGUGUCUUAGUGAGGAUUUGAACUACCAUGAGCAUCCAGAACAGCUUCAGUGCUCUUUGGCAUUGAGUCUCCAAGUCGCUGGAACUCUGCUGGAGCGAUGAACACCGUAACUCUUCCAAAAGAUAUUCCCUUGUAUGGUAUUUUUAAAGGCCAGGAUAUGAUUCAUGUCAUUUCAAUACUCAUUAAAAGCCUUCAGUGACUCAUCUACUCUGGUUUUUCCUUUAAAAUGUCACCAAGUUCUACCUCUACAAUCAUCUCCUACUGGUGCACAAUCUCACUGUUACUGUUAUUUAUUAUCUUGUCCUGUGAACGUGAACAAAAAAGACAAAAACAAAGAACAGGCAGGAAACCAACAGACAGAUAUUUGGUUACAAUAAUGUGAUCCCAUUGUUUCUUAACCAUAUCAUUUUGUCAAUUCAGUCUUCCCAGCAUCUUUUCACAAGCAACAACUUCCAUCGUUUGUUCCCUCCACAUUUCCCAACAUCUUAGAAUCAACUGAGAACACGUUAUUGAUCCAGCUGUUAUUACUCUAAAUGAAAAUGUACUCAACUGUGGUGCUGUAGUGUUGUCCCAGAGGAGACAUACUGUAACCUUGGUGACCUUAAACCCAUUUUAUUUAGUAGUGCUGGGGUGUAGUAAUAUAUGUGAAGUAUUUUGUAUUGAAUACAUUUGCCUCUGGCUUCUCUGGCGUAUUUUUUUUUUUAUCAUUGGAAGGAAUCCGCUCCCAUAUUGCUUCAUCAAAUGUACAGCCCAGGUCUUUUUCCCCAUAUCAUCCUCAUUGUUGUUUACCCAAGGACAUACCUCAUACCACUUUGAUGCUUUAUGAAACAUGUUGGCAGCUGUAGGUAGAGCUCUACCGUGUUGGUAUGAUGGAAGUGAAGUUUCAGCUUUAAUACAGUGUGUAAUUAUGAAACAUUUCCAAAGAUGGCCUUCUGCGAAUAGGUCAUUUAAUAUUCUGCUACCUUGUAUUUCCUGUGAAUGUUUGAUGUCUGAAAUAAACUGAACUAAAGAAUAAUUGAGGUUGCAGGAACCGAGCCAAAUAAUUAUUUUUAAUUAAAUAAAAAUGUAUUUUCCUAGACAUAAAGUACCUUUGGGUAGUCAGCCUUCUCCUAUCUCUCAACUCGAAUCUAUAAAACUGUGGUUACUGAAUAAUCAAAUGUGCUGUCAUAAGCUGGAGUAGUGCUUCUGUCAUUGUCUGUGCUUAUAUGCUUUUCUAUCCUUUCCUGUAAUUUCCUUUAUGUGUCAUGUGGUUAUAGGACAUAUAGGAGAAAUCAGUAUGGCCAUUGUGUUCCUGUUGUUUGUUCUUAUGUGCUUUUAUCUGUGCUUAUGUGAUUUUGUCUGUACUUAUCUGCUCUGUAUUUAUGUGAUUUUAUCUGUGCUUAUGUGCUUUUUUGUAUAUUUUAUUUUAAUGUGUCUGAUAUGCCAUCAACCCGCCAGGGACUGCAGAUGAAAAAUAACCCUGUGUGGCUAAAUCUGGCACAUUUACUGUACUAAUUAAUGUACAUUGUCCCUUUUUUUAACAAAUAAACAAAUAAAAAAAAAUUAUUUAUAUUUUAUGCAAGUUUUAAAUGCA